AUGUUGCACAAUUACGAAACAGCCCCUCAUAUGCAAACCGAAAAAGUGACCGGUGGAAGUGUGCAAGUUGUGGCGGGAGCUGGAGGAAAAAGUUGGGAGGGACCACGAACGUGGGAGCAUGAACGCGCGAUUAAUUUGAAGCAACAACUGAACGACGGAAGCGAGGUAAUGAAGAUAAAUGAAUUUCGAAGCUGGGUCAUCUUGUGGGAAGGAGCUGUUCUGUUAUUUUCAUGUGGGGGGAAAUUUGUGACAAAUGGUGAAGGUGAAGUGAGAUAUAAUGGAGGUGGCGUGAGGUUAAGAAGCAUUAAGGAUGGGCUGACACUUGAUGAAUUGAGGCUAAUGAUAUCUGAGUGGAUUGGUGGCGAUGGAAGAAAUUAUGACAUUAAGUACACAGUGGCCUUUGAUGAGAAGACAUUGAUUGACCUUCAUGACAAUGCUGAAAUGUAUAACCUCUUUCAAUACAAUGGGAACAGCGGUCAUGUGUAUGUGGCCGAAAAAAGACAAGUGGGUCCCCAACCAAGGGACAAUGUAGAAAUAACAGAGAGAUUCAUGGGCAUGUCACAGCAAACGGAACUGGAUGCGUCUCCCAUUAGUUUGUGUUGUGAUUAUGGCUGGCUCAGUGAAGAAAAUGCUCGUGAAUGUGACAAUGAUGAAAUAAGUGGGCCCCCUAAUGUGGAUAAAUCUAUCGGAGCUGAAGAUACGGAUGGUAGUGAGAUGGUUCAUGCGGAAUGGAGGGGACUUUUAACAGGAGUGGGCCAACGUUUUCCUAGUGCAGAUGUAUUUCGGGUGUCUGUAUACAAGUUUGCACUUGCAAACAAGUUUGUGGCCAAGUAUAUGAGGAAUAGCAAGGAAUUCAUGUCGAUAAGGUGUAAAGUUGAGGGUUGUCCAUGGAAGCUAUGUGCAAAUCAUGUGGGGAAGAGUUGUGAUGUGCUACGAGUGACGACAUUUAUAAACCGGCAUGUUCAUUCUGCCCAAGAUAGCUUGGACGUGAUGCAUAGUGGAAGAGCUAGUUUGAACUCAUCAAUAAUAAUUGAUGAGAUGAGGGAUCAUGCAGACAAGCGCACUUCUGAGAUAAGGAAGAGGUUGAAACGAGAGUAUGGGAUUGAUCUAACAUAUAAACAGGCUUAUAGAGCAAGAGAGAAGUCACUGGAAGACAUAUAUGGCAGGCCUGAACAAUCAUACAUGCUCAUACCAUGGCUAUGCGAAAGGAUAAAGGAAACAGAUGAAAAAUCAGUGGCUGAAUGGACUGCUAUUGGGAACCGGUUUGAGCGUGUUUUCAUUGCCUACGGGGCAUGCAUUGAGGGUUUCUUGGGUGGCGCGAGGCAUAUUAUGUAUGUUGAUGGAACUCACUUAAGCGGACCAUACAAGGGGACAAUGUUGUCAGCUUCAGCUUAUGAUGCAGAUAACGAGCUGCUGCCAUUUGCAAUUGCAAUUGUGAAGGGAGAAACACUAGAUGACUGGACGUGGUUUUUCUAUAUGAUAAAAAAAAUCCUGGGUUCUGUGGAAGUAACAAUUGUAUCAGAUCGACACAAUGCUAUCAUCGGAGGAGUGGCAUCAAUCUUUGGGGGUCAAAGGCAUGCCUUUUGUUAUAGACACAUCAAGGAGAAUUUUAGUUCAGAAGUUAUGAAAAUGAAUAAGGGGCAAACAAGGACAAAUGGCCGAUCAAAGGAGGAUGCACUAUAUUUAUUGGAUAAAAUUGCAUACGCAAGGACGGAUGAGAAAUUUGAGGCAGCAAUGGAUGACAUGAGAUCCUUUUCUCCAAGGCUAUUUGAUUGGCUUAUUCAUCAUGGGGAUGUAGAUAGGUGGGCUAAAAGUAGGUUCCCAUAUAAAAGAUGGGACAAUAUUACAACUAAUAUAGCAGAAUCAUUCAAUGCAUGGAUGGUGAAUGAGAGAAAGCAUACUGUACCCCAAUUGAUCUAUGAGCACCGAGAUAAAGUUGCAAGAAAGCUGCAUGCCUCCUAUGUGGGUAUGACCAAAUGGAAGAAUUGCGUUGGUCCAAAUAUAGAGAGUAAGGUGCUGGAUAUGGUGGCUGGGUCUGACCAUAUGUAUGCUGAAAAUUAUGGUGGGGGAAGAGUGAAGGUGACAACAUCACGUGGAGACCAUCGGGUUGAUCUUGGACUACACCAAUGCAGUUGCAGAUCUUGGCAAAUGACGGGGAUCCCUUGUUCCCAUGCUUGUGCUGCCAUCAAGAUUGUGCACGGCAAUGUUUAUGAUUAUAUUGAUAAUUGCUAUAAAAAGUCAUCACAAGAAAAGAUCUAUGCUCGCAGUAUGAUUCCUGUGGUAACAACAGACAUGCCUCACCCAAAUGACUACUAUAGAAUAGAAAAUGUCAGUGAGCAAGUUUUCUUGCUACCUCCCAUGACAUCCCGACCACCAGGAAGGCCAAAAGUAAACAGGGAUGAAUCACAGUUCCAGAACAAACGGAUAUACCACUGUGGAAGAUGCCACCAGCCUGGACACACAAGGAGGAAUUGCAGAAAUCCUAACCCAUCAUGAAGUUUCGAGUACAGUGGGGAUGGGUCAUUUUUUGGUGUACAUAGUUGUAUGCUCCGCCCUUGUCAACUUUUUUGGGACUGGGGUUGUAGUUAGGAGCUAGGUGGAGACAUUUUUUUGUAAGUAAGCUGAUAGAAAUUUCAGUGAUAACGGAGCAUUAAGUGUGGCUAGUAUCUUAAUGUCCACUUGUUGAAUACAUGAAAGGAAGUUACUGUUAUGGGGAUGUUAGCUUUUGUUAAUGGCGCAUUACUUGUUGUCAUUUUUAAAUUUGUUCUGGUCAUUGGCAG